AUGUCGGUCAUGGCUGAAUCUUGCAGAGGGGCGCCUGUACCUGUCAACCAGGCGUCCAGUGAACAAAAAAGACAUGCGGCGUGCGACGAGUGCCGGAAGCGCAAGCUCAAAUGCUCUGGUGAAUUAUCAGGGUGCUCUCGAUGCCUCAAACAAUCGCUAUGCUGCAACUAUUCCUCCCAGAAACAAAUGGGUCGGCCGCCAAAAAAGAGAGCGCGAACAGACGAUGAGGGGCUUGAACCUUUGCCGCCUGGCGAGAUAUGGCCAAGUCCAGAGGACUCACAACAAUCUUCAGUCGGGCCGACUCCUAAUACAGGCGCCUUUCCAGACUCUGAUCACCUUUGUCCUCUAUUCUUCUGGACCCCUGGUGGAAAUUCGCAGCAGUCACAACACGCCGCAGAUCUAUUAGCAGGUGACGAGGAGCACAACCACGCCUGGCCACCAGAUGGUCUAAAACCUGCAAAUCUGCCCGUCUUUCCAUCCUCAAGCCCUUGGCCGGAUUUCUCCACCGUCUCUGAAGCUACAGCCAUGCCAUUCCCCGUACCAAACCUUCAGAGCAUGGACUCUCUACCGCUCUCUCCUCCAACAUCUAUCUCAUCUGACGGUACUUUGUCUGGCUGUACAUGUCUGUCCUACCUUUACCUAUGCCUCAGUCACAUAUCAUCCCUCGCCUCCUUCCCUGUCAACUCCCACACCCUAUGCUCCCUAUAUAUCGCCGCACGAACAGCACAAGACGUGAUCCGCUGCCAAGAAUGUCCAAAAGUAUUUGCCACAGGCAUGCAAAACACCAUGUUUGUGGGGACGUUGUUAACAGUCGUUGCGGACUCGUGGCUGCGAGUCUCGCAGGCCGAGCCCGUCGAGCUGGGAAAGCAAUCCGCAACACCAGAAUACGUGGCUCAGGUACAACAAAGCCCCGAUCCAACACAAGCCUGGAAGAGCUGGCUCCACCAGGUUGUUCGCCGUGCCAUUAUUGGCGGCCCUUUGGAUCCCCGUGCUGUGGUUGGUUGUUCAGAUCAGCUUGAUCUGCUGUCCCUCAUCAAAGAGGUCGAGCACCGUCAAUGGCUCCGGCAUCAACCGCAACAAUCGCCUUGUUCUUCCAGUGCGAUCCAUAACUCGCCGCCAGAGCAUGAUCAUCAAGAGAAAGAGCAUCUCUGUCUUCGUGUGGUUGGUAGCGCCAGGCAUGUGAUUGCAAAAUUCAACUUUGAGCCUGGUGAUUACCCAGAAGGUGUUGACCCAGUCACGUUCAGGGAUAAGAUGGGCGAAUAA